GCUACAAAACUCCAGCCUCUCCCUUCAACUUCUCCAAUUCGCACACAAAAACCAAAAACUGCUUUUUCAAUUUUAAGAUACCUCAAACAAAAACCAAACCCCUUCAACCCAAAUCAAACCAAACAAACCAAACACUACCCCGCACCCCAUACUUCAUAUCGCAAUCAUGACCAGAGGCGAAGCUCAGCAAACCAAGGUCCACUACAAAGGCAAGGACGAGGACUUCGUCAUCUUCGUCGAUGAUGUAAAGUCUGCAAAGGACUGGAAGACCGACAAGACCAUCCCUCUUGCCCAAGUCGUCAGCGCAUUCAAGAUCUUCGUCACCCACAAACAUGGAGCUCAAGGUCAGAUGGACGGCGCCUCGAAGGCUACGCUGGAGAACGAGUUCGGUACCACCAACGACGAGGAGGUCAUCAAGCAGAUCCUAGAGAAGGGCAGUCUGCAGGAGUCUGAGGCCGCCGAGAGACAAGGCAGCAAGAACGACAGCAUGGGUUCCCGAGCUGCACACUAGAGGAGUUGGCAGUGACUGCAACGGAGCGUAUGAAUGGCACGAACGGAGUGAUUUGCAUGGCACGGAUCAUGGUUGGCGAUAGGUCCAACGGAUUUCAUGAAUCACGAUGAUGAUGGACGGCAGCCAAAGGGAACUUAGGGAACCUUGCUAUCAAGUCCUCGCAAAAUAAAUGCAGUAAAAAGGGACAUUUUCCGUCCGUCU